UUUUCGAGGCAGACAUGCCUGGGAAAGGGCCCCUAAAUGCAACUGUCACCCCUAGUACCAAAAGGGAACGGAAAGCAAUUACCCUUGACAUCAAAUUAGAAAUGUUAAGACGAUUUGAAACAGGUGAAAAGGUCAGUGAAAUCACAAAAGCCUUAGCCCUCGCUGUCUCUACGGUGGUGACCAUCCGAGAUAAUAAAGAAAAAAUCAAAGCGAGUUCACAAAUAGCUACUUCCUUGAGAGCCUCUCGGUUGACUCGACGUCGACGUGCAGUCAUGGAGAACAUGGAGCAAUUGUUGAGCAGGUGGCUGGAAGACCAGAGCCAGUGAAAUGUGCCCUUGGGUGUCACUGUCAUUCAGGAGAAGGCUAAGAGUUUGUUUGACGACUUACAGCGUGAACAAGGAGAAAGCUCUCAAACGGAAAGGUUUAGUGCAGGUAAAGGGUGGUUUGUGAGAUUCAAGGAGUGCCAUUGUUUGCCCCACUUCAAGAUGAACAGCACAGGUCCCAGAAACAACAAGGACCAGUAUCCAAAAGUGCUGAAAAGCAUCAUUGAAGAAGGUGAGUAUACC